AUGCCAACCAUUUUUGUUGGAAAGCACUUGAUAUGGAUGCUUGGAGCUGUUGAGCAUUCUACAGUUUAUUUAAAGUACAUAGAAGAGCCAUUAUAUCCUAACUUUGUUCACAGUAUUUAUGUGAGACCAAUAUUGGAUAUGUUACCAAAGGACAUUGAAGUAUCGAUGGAUAAUUAUCAAGAAUUAACCAAGAUAUUUAGAGAGUGGAUUUUGGAACGCAAGACCAAUUCUCUCUUAACUGUUCCAUCUAUUGCUAUGGCUCAGAGAAAUGUAAUUUACUUGAAAGGUUUUGGAAAUGUGCUCGUCAGUAUUAAUGAAUCAAUUAUUAUUUCCUCAAAGAAGGAAGAUGAGGAUGAAUACCAAACCUUUAGCGAAUUUUUGAAUAAGUCAUCCGUUGAGAAUUUAUAUCUACUCUUUGGAAGUGAAGCCUCCUAUAAUAUUUCAAUUGUGGAAGAUCCUAUUGCUGUGGAACAUAGACAUGCUGUUUAUUCUCAAGUACCUGAUUUGUGUGAAAUUACUGAAAUAUCAGAACAAGUUCAAUUAAUUUUAAACAGAUUACAAGUUCAAUACUCUCCAGAGGCUGUACCUUUCAAGAAGGAAUUCAAAUAUUCAACUCACUCCAACUCGAACAUUAUCAUUUCAGGCAAUGUUGGUAAUGGUAAAACUUACUAUGCAAAGGCCCUGGCUAGACACUGUAAUGUUUACACUAUCUUUGUUUCAUGUGCAUCAUUGGCUGGAGAUAGAGCUGAUACUCUCGGUUUGAAAUUCAAGAGCUAUGCACAAGAGGCCAUCAUGAAUGCCCCCUCUCUCAUCAUUUUUGAUGACAUUGAUUCAAUUUGUCCUUUUGAGCAAGAAGAAGCCAUGCCAGAUAUUAAUGUUAGAGUUGCUGCUUCAACAUUUACUGAAUUGUUGAGCACUCUAUCUUUUUUCAGUACUAGUUAUGAAAGAAAUGUCAAUGUUAUUGUCACAUGUAAAUCUCUGGAUGAAACGUACGAUUCUAUUCAAAAUUCAAAACUUUUCGAGCAAAACUUUUUAAUCAGUGUACCAAACAGAGAGCAACGAAGAAAGAUCUUCCAAAGAUUCCUCACUAAUAGACCAGACUUUUUCUCAGAAGCAGAUGAAGACGUCUUUGAUUUUUCACAAUAUAGUAUGACAGAAGAAACUUUGGAUUACAUUGUUGAUAGGACUGAAAAUUACUCUCCUCUCGAUGUGAGAAAUAUGUUGGACAAGAUGGUCAAUGUCAAGUUACAAACUCUAGUGGAAGAAGGAAAGUAUGAAUCAUUAGGUAUUGACACUAUUUUGACCAUUCAAGAAUUUACAAAGGCAUCCAAAGACUUUAUAACUCAAUCCACAGAGGGAAUCAAGUUGAUAAAGAGUACAACUUCCUUCUCAGAUAUUGGAGGUCUUCAAGAUGUUAAAAACAUUCUGAGAGAAACCUUCAUUUUCCCAACCAAAUAUGCCUCACUCUUUGAGAAUGCUCCAAUCAAGUUACGUUCUGGCCUUCUCCUUUAUGGACCACCUGGAAGUGGUAAGACUUUUAUUGCAAGUGCCAUUGCUAAGGAAUGUGGAUUGAAUUUCAUUUCCAUUAAGGGACCAGAACUUUUGAACAAGUAUGUUGGUGCGAGUGAACAAGCUGUCAGAGAUGUUUUCAUGCAAGCUGAAUCUGCAAAGCCGUGUAUUAUUUUCUUUGAUGAAUUUGAUUCAAUUGCUGCUCAAAGAGGUCACGACAAUACUGGUGUUACAGAUAGAGUUGUCAAUCAAUUUUUAUGUCAAUUGGAUGGUGUCGAAUCUAGAAAGGGAGUUUAUGUUUUGGCUGCCACAUCUAGACCUGACUUGAUUGAUGCUGCCUUGUUGAGACCAGGUAGAUUGGACAAGUCAGUUUGUUGUAAUAUUCCAACAGAGGAGGAAAGGCAAGAUAUUAUGGAAGUCAUUUGUUCCAAGCAAUCCAAUGUUCAAAUAGGAUCAGAUGUAGAUUUUAAAAAACUUGCUUCCAUAACUCAUAAUUUCACAGGUGCCGACUUGCAAGCUCUCUUCUUUUCAGCAACUUUAUCAGCAUACAGAGAUACCUCUCAAACAAAGGAAAAGAGACAGGAUAAUCUCUUAGAUGAAGAUACAAACUUUUUCACAGUACUUAGUACUGAUAAGGCAGAGGCAAAGAAGGGCAAGUCAACUGUUUCAAAUCAAACUGUUGUGAGCGAUGAAUUGGCUCAACAAAUGAAACAAAUUCAAGCCAGUCUAACAAAGGUCAAGAAGGCAAAAGACCACACUCCAGAAUCCAAUGAACCUGUCUAUGUGAAAGAGAGUCACUUUAUACAAGCCCUCUCAACCAGCAGACCAUCACUUUCACAGGAAGAAAUUGACAAGUAUGAUUAUAUUUAUUCGUGUUUCAGAGGCCAAUCUUCUGAAGAUUACAUUGAAAAGUUAAUAGCUCAAAAAAAGAAAGUAACCCUAGCAUAAUUACGAAGAUACUGAAACAGUAAAAACCAAAUUUCCAAGAU